AUGGUGAAAGGUAAUGCAGCAAAGCUACUUCAGGUUAAGAUUGAGGCUGGAUCAAAAGAAGUACCUGCAAUGGAUAUCAUGCGUCCAGGAACAAGAAAGUCACUUUUGUAUUGCAAUAUCAUUCCUCUAAUUCAGGAAAAUGCAGGAGCUUCAGUUCAGCUGACUGCCGGAUCUUCAAAACAGAGUACUGCAGGAGCUUCAGUUCAGCUGACUGCAGGAUCUUCAAAACAAAGUACUGCAGGAGCUUCUGUUCAUAACGUUGCAGGAGUUGUCACUGAUAAGCAACUUUCAGCUGCAAAGCCAAACAAGGUUCAUGAUAAUGUUGCAUCAGGAACGCCGAUCCAGAUCACUUAUGAGCAACUUUCAGCAGCAAAGUCGAACGAGGUUCCUGAACUUGCACCAGCAACAAAACGGAAGAAGGUUCCAUCUAAGCAUAGGAGGUCAACACGAAAUUCUCAAGUGAAUGAGGACAACGCAGUUCAGAAAGAAGCUCCUACAGUUCAGAAUCAGUCUCCAGGAAAUCAGGGUUCGGGUAGCAAUUCGAAUCUAAGUCGUAGUCCAAGUACAUGUAAUGAUUCUACUGCAAAUUUAAGUGCUAACCAGGGUUUGAUAAGGAACAAUUCAUCAGGCAUUCCGAGGAGAGCUUCUUCAGUUCAGGAUGAACAUAUUUCAUCCUUCUCAAAUCAGAACGGUACUGCAGAUGACGAUAUCAUUCCUCCCAGCCUGAACAACACUCCUGUCACUAAUUCCAGUGAUUCCAACAGGAGGAACAUUUCAUAUUCUAGUUAUCCUCUAAUUUCAAUCCCAGUUCAGGCCGGAGAUGGAAACCAACAUUCAGCAGGAACUUCAGAUGCUCGCACUAUUCUAGAGAAUCAUGCAAAGCCAAACGACAGGAAACGAAAAUCUAAAGCAAGAGAGAUAUUUGUAGUUGGAGAUACGUUAAACUUGCAAAGUAAACAUUUUACAUGGGAACCUGAAGCGGAAGAGGAGAUAAAGGAUGCCUGGAAUUUAUUGGCGUCAAAGCGUUAUCGUGAGCUCACAAGGGACUUGAGACAAUGGGAUGAAAAAUCAUUUUUCGUUCAAGAAGAUGUGUGGGUAAGCUUUCAAAAUCAUUGGAAGAGGGAGGCAUACGAGAAGGUACGAAGCAGGAAAUCCAACAAUUGCUGCAGCCAUAAAGGACCAGUUUCUAACACUGGAGGUUCAUUCUCAUUUAUUGAGCAUGCUGCACGACUUGCACUUGCCCUGGAUCGAGAGCCUACCCCAUAUGAAUUGUUUGCCUGUAGUCAUACAAAUAAUCAUGACUUAAAGACUUUUAUUGAUUUUACAUCUCGAGAAGUUCAUGAGAAAUAUGUGGCUCUACGAGACUCAGUUCUUCAGGCUUUUGCUGAGGAAGGGGUUUUUAACCGUCGACUCAAUGAAGAUGCACUUUUUUACGAUGUCGUUGCAGAUGAGAAGAAAAGAAAGGUAUACGGUCUUGGCUCUAAAGCAACUUCCUAUUUUCCUUCGGAUGGCAAAAAGUCAGCACAUUCCCAUGUAGACAAAAGGCAGAAGAACAUUGAAGCUUUGAAUGAGAAGCUUGAUGCAUAUGCUUUGAAAAUGGAUAAGAUGAACAGUUCCAUGAAUAAGUGGAGGACUACCAUGGAGAAUUUUUGCAGGCAAAAUGGUUUACCUGCGCCAGAUUUUGAAGCUAAUGAUGAUGAGUCUCUCCAAGGGUCAAAAGCUACGGCAAGUGAUCCAAAUUCAAAUGAUCCUGAUUCCGAGGGAAGUUCAAUGGAGGGCUGA